CAUUAAAUCCACCACAGACCGAGAGAGAGAGAGGGGCCAGGCAGACCCCAUACCAAACAGAUGUUAUAAMCUGAGUGGGCGACCUGUCUCCACAUCAGUAAUAAUAAUGGACUAAUAGUUUUCCUCGCUGUCGCAGGUUUAAUUAAUGCUCCCUGUUCGCGGGGAGCUGGAGGAAGAUGAGCCUUUUCUCUUCGCCUGAGGAGGGUUUGCUGCUUGCUGCUGUGUGGGGGAGUGGGCUACAUCCUGUGGCGUUUCCUGUGUUUGUAAACUAGACGGUGCAGAAAACGUCGGCGAAGAAGCCUGUUUUUUUAAACUAGAUGAGUGAGGUGGGUGUGGCUUCCCACCAGCCCGACGACCAUCCUGACUGACGGAUCUCUGGACGACCUUGUCCCCACCCCUGUCCCUGCGUUCACAUAUCCCACAGCAAUGUCACAUCUGCCCAGCAGCUCAGUCCGCGACCAUAUGAAAUGGGCGGGGCUGCUUGGCUGCGAAGCUGUCCUCUCCAGCAUGGCCCUGAUGCAGGCCAGUACAAUGGCUGCUCCGCCUAAAAAGAUGAUGGCUCCACUUGGCCACACACCACCUCAGAGAGAGGGACCUGACCGUGGUCCCCAGAGCCAUAUGAUCCUCCCGUCUGGAAUGAGCUGUCCACCACUGCUCAUCAGGAAGGAAGGUGAAUUCCAAGCUCCCCGCUUGCUGGACGAGAAAGAGAUGAGGGCCAACGAAGACAUGCAGCAGAAAAAAAAGAACAGGAAAUCAGUAACGCCCUGUAAAGUGAGAGAACAAGACGGAAGGGGAGGGAAGGGUACAGGUGGUGAUGAAAACGGGCCUUCGUCCAAAGUUCAGAAGAAUUUUAUUUGUGAUCACUGUUACGGAGCAUUUAGAAGUGGAUACCACCUAAAGAGACACAUCCUCAUUCACACAGGGGAGAAGCCGUAUGCUUGUGCCGUAUGUGACAUGAGGUUUAUUCAGCGUUACCACCUGGAGAGACACAGCCUCAUUCACACGGGGGUGAAGCCGUACGCUUGUACCAUGUGUGACAUGAGGUUUUUCCAGCGUUACCACCUGGAGAGACACAGACUCACUCAUACGGGGGUGAAGCCAUACGCUUGCUCCAUGUGUGACAUGAGGUUCUUCCAACGUUACCAUCUGGCAAGACACACCCUCACUCAUACUGGGGUGAAGCCAUACGCUUGCUCCAUGUGUGAUAUGAGAUUUUUCCAACGCUACCACUUGACAAGACACAGCCUCACUCACACGGGGGUGAAGCCAUAUGCUUGCUCUAUGUGUGACAUGAGAUUUUUCCAGAGAUACCACCUGGCAAGACACACACUCACUCACACGGGGGUGAAGCCAUACGCUUGCUCCAUGUGUGACAUGAGGUUCUUCCAGCGUUACCAUUUGGCAAGACACACCCUCACUCAUACUGGUGUAAAGCCAUAUGCUUGUACCAUGUGUGACAUGAGAUUUAUUCAACGUUACCAGCUGGAGAGACACAGCCUUACUCAUACAGGGGUGAAGCCGUACGCUUGCACCAUGUGUGACAAGAGGUUUUUUCAGCGCUACCACCUGGCGAGACACAGCCUCACUCAUAUGGGGGUGAAACCUUAUGCUUGCACCAUGUGUGACAUGAAGUUUUUUCAACGUUACCACCUGGCGAGACACAGCCUCACUCAUACGGGUGUGAAACCUUAUGCUUGCACCAUGUGUGACAAGAGGUUUUUUCAGCGCUACCACCUGGCGAGACACAACCUCACUCAUAUGGGUGUGAAACCUUAUGCUUGUACCAUGUGUGACAUGAGGUUUUUUCAACGUUACCACCUGGCGAGACACAGCCUCACUCAUACGGGUGUGAAACCUUAUGCUUGCACCAUGUGUGACAAGAGGUUUUUUCAGCGCUACCACCUGGCGAGACACAGCCUCACUCAUAUGGGUGUGAAACCUUUUGCUUGUACCAUUUGUGACAUGAGGUUCGUUCAGCGUUACCACCUGGCGAGACACAGCCUGACUCAUACGGGUACGCCUCAGUGCACCUGCCCACCUACUUACAUUAUGUACAGUUCUGUGCAAAAGUUUUAGGCACAAAAAUGUUUGCAGUAAUCAGCUUUCACUGGAUAAAAUUGGCUGCAAGUGACAAAAUCAUAAACUUCACCAUCCAUAGGUUUUAAACAAGCACAAACACUCUUAAGUAAAUGUAUCCCAAGUAUUUAGGUUCCUGUUUUUUGAUGGGACAAAGUGAUUCAGGACAUUUUAGAUUGUUGUUGGUCAGAUUGUCCUGAUUGGUUAGAUUCUGUGUUUAGGUUCUUUGUYGUGUUGCGUAAUGAAGUUUAGACACGUUUAACAUACAGACUGACACUGUGAUAGAAAACAGAUAGUUUAGGCUCUCCACGGUUCUGUACAUAAUUGUGCCACAUGGAGGAUAGCUGUGUGUGCAUCAUAAUUUUGUGUGAAUUCUAAUGACUCACUUUGUGUGUAGUAUUAUUUUAAAUUUACAAGUUUGUGUCCUAAAGUUUCAGAAAUGGUUAAGAAUCUAAAUUAGGCAAAUCUGUUUUACUCUCCUGCUUUGUUUGUAGCAUCUUUGCAUGUUAAUUACACAUUCGUUUUUGAGCAAAUCUGUGUAGACUAGAUAAAAUGUCUAGACCAUAACAAAUACAUGAAGACUGGUAAAGAUAUUCUUAGCGCAUUUUUAUUUAUUUAGUCAUUAGUUUUUUUUAAUACUGUUUUUAGAUAAAACUAAUAAUAAUAUUUAGGUUGUGCUUAACAGUAUUAGUAUUUGCAAACUUUUCUCCUGUAAGUCAGUUAGAACUAAAAAUCACUUUUUUUAUUACUUAAUUGGUAAAGUGAGUUUGGAAAUUUUGUCUUAAAACUUAAACUUAAAGGGAUCCCUGAUC